UUCAGAUGAUGGACUUGGAUGUGCUUCUGUGAGGACGGGCCACGGGUCCACGGGUCUACAGGUCCAAGAACAGGCAUGUCCAGGCUACCGCCAUCAUAGGGAACUGGGGCCUGGUGGCUGCACUUCCCUGGGACCCGGGUGUGGUCGGGCACAAGAACAAGAAGCACAUCGCCACCCAUGACAUCAUGACAGCAAGAGAGCACAGCCCGCGCCAUGGCGCCAGGCCCCGCUCGAUGAUGCAGCGGGCAUCCACCAUCGAUGUGGCAGCUGACAUGCUGGGCCUGUCCCUGGCAGGAAAUGUACAGGAUCCAGAUGAGCCCAUUUUAGAAUUCAGUUUAGCUUGCAGUGAGCUGCAUACACCGUCGCUAGAUCGAAAACCAAAUAGUUUCGUAGCUGUGAGUGUCACCACCCCUCCUCAGGCCUUCUGGACGAAGCAUGCGCAGACGGAGAUCAUUGAGGGAACCAACAACCCUAUCUUCCUAAGCAGCAUUGCCUUCUUCCAGGACUCGCUUAUCAAUCAGAUGACACAGAUCAAGCUCUCCGUGUACGAUGUCAAAGAUAGAUCUCAGGGAACAAUGUACUUACUUGGCUCUGGAAACUUUAUUGUCAAGGAUCUGCUCCAGGACAAGCAUCACAGGUUGCAUUUAACACUAAGGUCUGCAGAGAGUGACCGCGUGGGUAACAUCACCGUGAUAGGCUGGCAGAUGGAUGAGAAGUCUGACCAGCGGGCCCCCGUGACCCGGUCUGUGGACACCGUCAAUGGGCGGAUGGUCCUGCCUGUGGACGAAAGCUUGACCGAGUCCCUGGGGAUCCGAUCCAAGUAUGCUUCCUUGCGAAAAGACGCUUUGCUGAAGUCGGUGUUCGGCGGCGCCAUCUGCCGCAUGUACCGGUUCCCGACCACGGACGGCAACCACCUGCGGAUCCUGGAGCAGAUGGGGGAGAGCGUGCUCUCCCUGCACGUGCCCCGGCAGUUCGUGAAGCUCCUGCUGGAGGAAGACGCCGCCAGAGUGUGUGAACUGGAGGAACUGGGGGAGCUGUCGCCUUGCUGGGAGAGCCUCCGGCGCCAGAUCGUCACCCAGUACCAGACCAUCAUCCUCACGUACCAGGAGAACCUGACCGACCUCCACCAGUACAAAGGUCCCUCAUUCAAAGCCAGCAGUUUGAAAGCAGACAAAAAGUUAGAAUUUGUUCCCACAAACUUGCACAUCCAAAGGAUGAGAGUUCAAGAUGAUGGAGGAUCAGAUCAGAACUACGACAUCGUCACCAUCGGAGCCCCAGCGGCACACUGCCAAGGUUUUAAGUCGGGAGGCCUCCGCAAAAAGCUGCACAAAUUUGAAGAGACCAAGAAACACAGUUUUGAGGAGUGUUGUGCGUCGCCCAUCUGCCAGUCCAUUGUCUACAUACCGCAGGACAUCGUCCGAGCAAAGGAGAUUAUCGCCCAGAUCAACACUCUGAAAACCCAAGUUAGUUACUAUGCAGAGCGGCUCUCGAGGGCCGCGAAGGACAGGUCCGCCACUGGCCUCGAGAGGACCCUUGCCAUCUUGGCAGAUAAGACUCGGCAGCUGGUGACGGUCUGUGACUGCAAGCUGUUGGCCAGCUCCAUCCACGGGCUGAAUGCCGCGCGACCCGACUACAUUGCCUCCAAAGCCUCCCCCACUGCAACGGAGGAGGAGCAGGUGAUGCUCAGGAACGACCAGGACACACUCAUGGCCAGGUGGACGGGGAGAAACAGCCGGUCUUCUCUGCAGGUGGACUGGCACGAGGAGGAGUGGGAGAAGGUGUGGCUGAACGUGGACAAGAGCCUGGAGUGCAUCAUCCAGCGGGUGGACAGGCUGCUGCAGAAGGAGCGCCUGCAGGGCGAGGGCUGCGAGGACGUCUUCCUCUGUGCCGCUGCCGCUGCCGCCGCCGCCGCCGCCGGCAGCUGCCCCAGCAAGAAAGAUGGCAGCCCCCCUGCUGAAGAAUCCAGCCCAGGAGAAUGGAGUGAGGCCCUGUACCCACUGCUGACCACCCUCACGGACUGCGUGGCCAUGAUGAGUGACAAGGCCAAGAAGGCGAUGGUCUUCCUGCUCAUGCAGGACAGCGCGCCCACCAUAGCCACGUCCCUGAGCCUGCAGCAUCGCCGAGACGUCGUCUUCUGCCAGACCCUUACCGCCCUCAUCUGCGGCUUCAUCAUCAAGCUGCGGAACUGCCUGCACGACGACGGGUUCCUGCGGCAGCUCUACACCAUUGGGCUGCUGGCCCAGUUUGAGAGCCUGCUGAGCACCUACGGCGAGGAGCUGGCAAUGCUGGAGGACAUGAGCCUCGGGAUCAUGGACUUGAGGAACGUGACCUUCAAAGUCACGCAGGCCACGUCCAGCGCAUCGACUGACAUGCUGCCGGUCAUCACCGGGAACCGCGACGGCUUCAAUGUGCGGAUCCCCCUGCCGGUCUCGCUGUUUGACUCGCUGCCCCGGGAGAUCCAGAGCGGCAUGCUGCUGCGGGUGCAGCCCGUCCUCUUCAACGUGGGCAUCAACGAGCAGCAGACGCUGGCCGAGAGGUUCGGAGAUACGUCUUUGCAAGAGAUGAUCAACGUGGAGAGUCUGGCACGGCUGACGUCCUACUUUGAGCAGUUCAAGGAAGUUCUGCCGGAGGAUUGCCUACCUCGGUCUCGGAGCCAGACGUGCCUGCCUGAGCUGCUGCGCUUCCUGGGCCAGAACGUGCACGCCAGGAAGAAUAAGAACGUUGACAUCCUCUGGCAAGCUGCUGAGAUCUGCCGCCGCCUUAACGGAGUCCGGUUCACCAGUUGCAAGAGCGCCAAGGACCGCACGGCCAUGUCGGUGACGCUGGAGCAGUGCCUGAUCCUGCAGCACGAGCAUGGCAUGGCCCCGCAGGUCUUCACUCAGGCCCUGGAGUGCAUGCGCAGCAUUGGAACACGGGAGGUAGUCACCCAGAAGAACUUGAGCGGCCUGGUGCCCAUCCGAGACUUAAGACUAGAUCCCAGCCUCCUCUGUUCCAUUCCUUUACUCGCUCUCAGCCCCAAUUUACUGAUUGUGUGGCUUUUCCUGAGCAUAGCGUACCUGGUGGCCAAAUUGCGUUGCAAAUGAAUGGCAUUAUGAAAAACAAUUAAUAACCAGUUACAAGAAAAAAAAGUGCCAGAAUAUUGUCUAGCCACCGUGGACAGAAGGAAUGUGUCAAAGCGUGAUCUGCCAAGAACAUAUCAUGCCUUACAGUUUGGCGUUUUGUUGUUCGGAACUGUAAAUACCCGGCCAAAUUAUCUCACCAAGAGGAUGCGUUCAUGUAAAUCCUGCAGCAUUUUCAGUGCUUGUCACAUGUCCCGUUACUGCAUAAUGCCGCUGGCCUGGAGAUACAUUACUUGUAUCGACCCUCUGACCUUCUGAUGUAAAACGUAUUUACUACCUGUAUUAUUUCACGUGCCCUGUUCCCAGAGAAAGGAAUUCUGUCUGGGAGGAAUUUGUAUAUUGGAUAAUGUCCUUUCAAUGUACUGCUAACCUUUUUCCUUUCCUUUCCAAAGUAAGUGAGAAGCAAAAGAGAGCUGCUGUAUCACUGCCUCAUCUAGAUAAGCCUAUCCAAUAGGACAGGUCCUUUCUGCUUUCAGCUCAAAGCGGGGUUCCCCUAAUUACUGUAGCAAACCAUUUGCAGAGUUCUGACAGGCCUUACCUCCUGUUUAAAGUUUUCAGUUUGGGAUGACACAGAGAAGUCAGGCACACCAAGCCAGUGCAUUGCAUGCGGCCUUAGAUUCACUCUUUUUUUAAAGCUUAAGGUUCGCAAAACUGAUUCCAGGAAUUGACGCAUAGUCACAAAAAGCUGUUCAGUUUACAUACUGAUUUUCGUGGAAAUAGCAUUUUCCAUUAAAAAAAUGCAUCAUUAGUUCUAGAUUCAAGAUCAGAAGUAUUUUUCCCUGUUACUGAUCAAAGAUGGCUAGUAAUGACAAAACUGUAGAAAUGUUUACCAAAACACGAGGCCUGAAUUUUAUAGGUGAUUAUGCAGCUGGAGCUUUGCGUGUUAAGGGCCACUUUGUUUUCUGCUGUUAUUACUCUCAGCUCUAAGAUGGCUGGGCCCCCAAAUCGGGAUGUAACCUUAACAGUCACUUAGGGCAUAAGGCUAAUUGCGUACCUGUGAAGGUAACAAUAAAUCAGCAAGUUCUACAGACCCCAUGGAAGUACUACUACUAUAUGGUUUCUCUGCUGUACAAUUCAAAUUAGUGGCACUGCUGUUUUCUCCCUCCAGCUGGUUCCCUACACACAGCAUAUUAUGAAAGUGGAUUUCUUCUCACCAGUCUAGAAAAAUGGGGUGAUGUUCGAGUAUCUACUUUUUCCAGAAACUUACACUUAGGCGGCAUGCACACAAAGCCCAGUCCACUACAAACUCUUACUUUGCCAGUCUCAUUCUAGGCCAUCAGAACUUACUCCAGAGUAUGCGUGGGUUCUAGGAACCAACCAUAGAAACAGUUAACAGUGAAUGACCAACACCUCACUCAGUCCGAACCAGUGUUUCCCAGUGUGGGAGACACUGACCCCUAGGGGGCACUAGAAUGAUCCUGGAGGGCUGAAAGCAGAUACCUACACUUUAUCUUGGUUUAUGGGCUACCAGACAGAGGCUUUUAAUUACUGAGUUUCUUUUGUUUUGUUUUUUAAAGAGGGCAGUAGGCCAAAUAAAUUUGGAGACCUGUGGUCUAAAUUCUAUAACGAGAAGACUCUUCAUCACAUACUGGCUCACCCUUUCCUAGAAGCCCCUCUAGACCACGGCAGGCUCCCAGGGCAGGAGUUCCUGCUGCAUCAUGCUCGCAAGCGAAUUCCCUCCCCUCACAAGUGCAGUGUGCCACUGUCCUUCCCAGAGUAAACAAGGUAGCUGCUCUGUGGCGCAGCCCCUGGCUUCCUUCCUCACCGAAUGCCAACCAGAAGUUGUUUUAAGUUACUGCAACAUGACAAGUCGUCACCAGACCAGAGGUCAGAAAACUUUUGAGAUAGAAGAGCCAAUCCUGUCCCUCACAACAAUUAAAAAGUUCGAGAGCCAUAAAUAUGUUUUUACAAACAAAUGGAAUCACCAUUUUCUGAUUAAUAUCCUUUGUUUUCAGCUUUACUUCAGAGACACAUGUAUGUAUUAAAACGACCGCAGGUGGCUCGAGAGCUGCAGUCUGCCAGCCCUGCUCUAGAUGCUGCCCAUCCAGUCUGUGAUGCUCUCAAAGGUGUGCUCACGGGGGCCAUCCCCCCAGUUGAGGUGCACACUUGGGCUCUCCCAGGCCAUCCUAUUUACAUUAAUUCCAAGUGGGAAAGUAGAUUCCUGGUGCACUUCUAUUCCAUAGCCUCACAGCCCCUCCCCGGGUGCCGCAGGGCUCCUGUCAGUCACUCUUUCUGGGUGCCAAGGAGGAGUGUGGCCAGGCAGCCUUUCUGACCACAAGGCCUUGCCUUCCCCAUUUCCUUGGGGCCAAGGUGGCUCUGUGGCACUCUCUCCAGUCUCCUCCCAGAGGGCCAUGGCUUCUAGCAAAGUCUGUGUGGUCUCAGAAAGCCCCCUCCUUGAUUCUAUGGCUGUUGGGCUGCCAGCCACACCUUCGUGUCCCUGUGGGGACUGGGCUGGAGGGGAGAGAAUGGGAGGUUCUUUGUCUCUAUGCUCUAGGGGCUGGGUUAGAAAGUUCCAGGCCUCCUAAGUACCCAGCCAAGGAAGACAAGAACUAGAAAGGACGUCAUGAGCUCCUCAGGCAGGGUCGACUUGAGGGGGAACCAGGUAGAAGGCUGUGAGAGGCUGUGUUGUUUUUCCCUUUUAGAAUAAAUAAGAAAAGAAACCGAAUGUGCUCUCCCUGUAUGCUGUGCUGGCUUGCCAUGUCACUAAGGCCUCUUCCUCAUGAAGCCAAGCCAAGCUAAAAUCAUGUCUGCAUGAGUGAGGGACAGGCAAAUGAAACCCCAGUCGUGAUGGCUUGAGAAAGCAGUCACCUGUCCUUCCGUGGUGGUGGUCUUCAGGAUGCUUCCAAGGUAAUAGUCAGCAGUACUGCCAGUGGCUGCCAACUCUAGAUAUUCAAGAUGAAAUAAUCUGAGUUGAGAUGACCUAAUAAGGCUGUGAAAUAGUUUUCAAUGAGCACGACAGACAGUCACUAUUUGCUCCUCUGGCUUGGCUUGAGUGGAGAGACAGGAGAGGUAGCCCUGCGCUCCUGCGCCUCAGAUGGAAUCACUAAGACUUCUGAUCCCUGUGACCAGACGUCCUGAUUUUGAACAAUUUUCCCGCGUCCCGCAGCGUUUUUUAAAAGAAUAAACUGAAAUGGAAGUAGAAUCUUAA